AUGGGGGACGAAAUUGAUGCUACUGUUAUAGAUGAGGUAGAUAAUAAUAAUGAAAAUAAAAAAUCUGAAGAGGCACAAGAUUUAUUAGCUGAAGAAGUACUAGAGGAAGAAAAAAUUAAAGGUAAGCUCAGUAAAGAAAACAUACUAGAAAAUGCAGAAGAUGAAAAUAUAGAGAAAUUAGGAGAAGAAGGAGGCGAAGAGGGUGAAGAGGGCAAAAAUGGUGAAAAGGAUGAAAAGGGUGAAAUGGACGAAAGGAGUGAAGUGGACGAAAAGGGUGAAGAGGACGAAAAGGGCGAAGAAGAAGAAAACGGUGAAGAGGUUUUGUGCGAAGAAGAACAAUUAGAAGACGAACAUAAACAGGAUCAAGAAAAACAAGACGAACACAAACCUUCAGUAGAAGAACAAGUUGAGGAAGAAGAAGAAGGAUAUGUUGAGGAACCACCACCUGAUCCUGCUGCUCCAUUUGAAUUUAGUGACUCUAAAGAAGCCCUCAAACCACUUUACGAAUUAAGACCAGAUCAAACAGCUGAAGUAGAACAACUUUGGGAGUUAUAUCAAAAUUACACUCCUGCCUACACAGAUAUUAAUGGAUAUAUCACUGAAAAGGAAUUAGUUUACAUGUUAAAAGCCCUUUUACUUAUGACUUAUACCUCUGAGCAACUACAAGAACUUAUAGCAUUUUGUGUGAGACCACCACAUCCCGAUGGUCAUAUAAACUAUAAACAAUUUCUAAAAAUGGUCACUUUAAGGCAAAGAGAUUUUCCAGUAGAAGAUGAAUUACGUUCAGCAUUGCAAGUAUUUGACCCUGGACGAACAGGUUCAAUAGAUAGAGAAAAUUUGAAAGAAGUUUUAGCGAAACAGGGACAUAAAAUGCCACAAAAACAAUUAGAUAAUCUCAUAAAAGAAGUUGAUAUUAGUAAUGAUGGUACUAUUGGAAUUGAGGAUGUUGUGGGUACAAUGUGCAUCGAUCUUAAUAAAGAAGAUUUGUUGAUCUUAAUGGCAUCUUUAAAUCCUCCACAGGAAAAGCCACCAGAAGAUUUG